UAUUAUUUUAUUUUUCAAAAAAUGAACAACGAUUUAUGUGAAUCAAUAGUCAAUCAUGCUAAUCGUAUAUAUCAAUCACUUGCAAACCUUAAUUCAUUAUAAAAUGAAAAUGGAAGCUUAAGUAAUUUUCAUCAAAUUAUCAUUUUUAGAUGAUCCAUAAACAACAACUUCAGUGACAUCAUUUCAAGGAUUUGCAUCAAUAUUCUUUCUCCUGUUUAUGGGUUAUGCUAUUUUAACUUUAAUAUCUCCUAGAAAAUAAAUGUUAUCUACAAAAGAAUAAUUUAAUGGACAAUAAUAGAACCAAUAUGAAGAUGAUUGAUAAU